AUGCAUUUUUCAACAUUUAAUAUACAAUUAGAUCUUAGCGGUAACAAUUUAACACAACUACAUCAUGAUAUUUUUUCACAAUUAUUUGAUUUAGAAGAAUUGUUAUUAAAUGAUAAUAGUUUGCAAGAAAUACAUUCAAAAGUUUUUAAAAAUAAUAAUAAAUUAAAAAGACUUUCUUUACAAAAUAAUGAUCUUGGUAAUAUUCCAACAGAAAGUUUAUCAGAACUUAAAUCUUUAACAUCUUUACAAUUGGAUAAAAAUAAAAUAAAUGAAAUAAAAAAUGGAGAUUUAAAUAAUUUAAUCCAUUUAAGAAGUUUAAAAUUGGAAAGCAACAGGCUAGAAUUAAUUUCUCCAGGAGUUUUUAAUAAUUUAAAAUCUCUUGAAGCUUUGAAUUUGGGUAAUAACAUGUUAACUUCUAUAAAAGGAGAAAUUUUUUCCAAUCUUGAAAAUCUUUAUAUUUUAUUAUUAAAAAAAAAUUUAAUUUCUAACGUCGAUGAUGAUGCUUUUGUCAAUUUAACAUCACUUCGCGUAUUGGAACUCGAUAGUAAUCUUUUAACCGAAGUUCCUAUCGCACUACAAAAUUUAGUUUCUCUUCAAGAACUUUCUCUAUCAAAUAAUAAAAUAAAAUACAUUCCUGGUGGGAUAUUUCAAAAAUCUCCUAGUUUAGGUUUGAUAGAACUUCAGGGAAAUCCAUUAAUGGGAAUUGAUCCCUAUGCCUUUUCAUAUUUGCCAAAUCUUCAAAAAUUAACAUUAUCAGAAGCAAGAGAACUGACCGAUUUUCCAAUAUUAAAUGGAACAAUUUCAUUAGAAGUUUUAAGAUUAGAUAGAGCGAGUUUGAAUAAUGUUCCACCAUCUUUAUGUAAAACCUGCCCUCGUUUAAAAAGCAUAGAUCUUAAAAGGAAUAAAUUGUUCAAAGUUCCAAAUCUUAAUGAGUGCCAAGACCUGCGCGUUUUAGAUUUGGCACAUAAUCAAAUUACAUCAUUGGAAGAUAAACCUUUUAAAGGUUUGUCUCAACUUCAUGAUUUACUUCUUUCCCACAAUUUAAUUUACAAUAUUCCAGAUGAUGCUUUUUUCGGUCUUGAUAAACUUCAAGUAUUAGAUUUGGAGGGAAAUAAUAUUGAAAAUAUUCAUCCAGAUGCGUUUGUCAAUUUUAAACAAUUGGAAGAUUUAAAUUUGGGCAAUAACGUAUUUCCUGUUCUUCCCACCAAUGGUUUAAACAAACUUCUUCAUUUAAAAACUUUCAACAAUCCUAAUUUAAGAACUUUUCCGUUACCAAACAAUUUUCCGAGAAUUCAAACUCUGGUUUUAUCGUAUGCCUACCAUUGUUGCUCAUUUCUUCCUCUCAUUCCAUUGGACCCACCAAAAUCUACCGUUCACGAAUCUGUUCUUUUUCCAACCGAUAAUGAAUUUGAUAUGAGUUUAUGGAAUUCCAGUUUAACCGACAUUUGGCCUCAGCUUCAAAACUUGAGUAAAAAGUUUGGUACGGAAAUCAAUGAACUUUGGGAAAAUUUCGGUUCGGAUUUUACUUACCCAGGUAACUUACCAGCUUACGUAGAAGAAUAUUUUGAAGAACAAGAAACAAAAUUAAAUUCACUCGAUCAUGUUGGUGGAAAAAUUCAAUGUUUACCUCUGCCCGGUCCUUUCUUACCAUGUCAAGAUUUAUUUGAUUGGUGGACACUCAGAUGUGGAGUGUGGAUCGUUUUUUUGCUUGCCAUGUUGGGAAACGGAACGGUUGUGUUCGUUCUAAUUUUUUCACGAAGUAAGAUGGACGUACCUCGAUUUUUAGUUUGCAACUUAGCCGCAGCGGAUUUUUUUAUGGGAAUUUAUUUAGGAUUUCUCGCCGUGGUCGACGCGUCUACUUUAGGCGAAUUUCGAAUGUAUGCCAUACCGUGGCAAAUGAGUGUAGGCUGUCAAUUGGCCGGAUUUUUAGGAGUUUUAAGUUCUGAAUUAUCCGUUUACACUUUGGCAGUGAUCACGCUGGAGAGAAACUAUGCAAUAACGCAUGCCAUGCAUUUAAAUAAAAGGCUCUCUCUUAAGCAUGCAGGAUACAUAAUGGCCUGCGGUUGGAGUUUUGCUUUGAUAAUGUCUUUAUUUCCACUUUUUGGAGUUUCGGAUUACCGAAAAUUUGCCAUAUGCCUCCCUUUUGAAACGGAAACUCCCGUAAGUUUGGCCUACGUAGUAUUUUUGAUGCUUAUCAACGGCGUAGCCUUUUUUAUAUUAAUGGGAUGUUAUUUGAAGAUGUAUUGUGCCAUUCGCGGUUCUCAAGCUUGGAAUUCUAAUGAUUCUAGAAUUGCAAAAAGAAUGGCACUCCUUGUAUUCACUGACUUUCUUUGUUGGUCUCCCAUAGCGUUCUUUUCUUUGACGGCGGCCUUCGGAGUUCAACUUGUCUCUUUAGAGCAAGCCAAAGUUUUUACAGUUUUUGUCUUACCACUUAAUUCUUGCUGUAAUCCAUUUUUAUAUGCAAUAUUGACGAAGCAAUUUAAAAAAGAUUGUAUACUUAUUUGUAAAACUAUAGAGGAAUCAAAAGUGACUCGUGGAAUUGGACGAUGUAGACAUAGUUCUAAUUUCAGUAACAGACAAACACCUGUCAACACCAACAGCCUUGCUGAUCGAUCUUCCAAAGAUCAUCAGCCUUCUCAUCAGCAACAUUGUAAUUGUAGCGCUAAGUUACUGGCAGACAGUACCUCUGGAACUAUAAGACGUGAUAGUACAGCUAGUAUAAGAGGUCCCAGGAGAUGGAUUGAAAAUGUGAUUCAAUGGAUAAUGUUAUGCCUAAACAGAAGAACCGAUGGUAGUGGACGCGCUCAUUUCGAUCAAUAUGCUUACCAAAUAGCUGAAAUACAGCAAAAAACUCAUAAGCGAGCCUCAUCCGUUUCAUCCAGUGAAAACUUUAGUUCUUCGCGUAGCGAUUCAUGGAGACAAAGUCAUCACCACCAUCACCAUCACCAUCAUCAUCAUUGCGGGAUUCCUCUCAGGCUAUUAGAUCCAAAAAGAAGAGCUAAUUCUUGGUUGGUCACGAGGAAAACAUCUCAAGAUUCAAAUCUGUCAUCAUCUCGAAACGAUUCUUCCGGUUCUGCCACAACUCAAAGUACGAGUACGUGGAGAAUGUCUAGAUCAAGCGCUUCGAGUGACGUCCGAACUCAAAUUAUUCCUAAUUCAGAUAUAAAUUCAACAAGGGCCAAACCUAAACCUCGUUUGACAAGACAAAGUGCAGUAAGCGAUGAUUACGAAUUAAUAAUGCCACCAGGUUCACCAGGUAGACUGACAGUUCGAUUUCUUUCCACCAUUCCGUCCGCUGCCGAAACGAGUAUGCAAAAUGAAGACGAAGCAUCUCGGGAAUCAUCCUUUGAGAAACGACCCAUUACGGCCGAUAAUUUUUUAUUAAAUAAUUCCGAUAUGGAUCAGGUACAAUUAAGUGAAAUAACAGCUAAAAACUGUCAGCCGUUUUCUUCCGAUUUAAAACAAUAUGAACCUGAAAAUCAAACACCGUUGAUCACGGCGCCGGAUAAUUCCGCCAAUUUAUUCGUUCAAGUUCCUAAUUUAAUUCCAGAUAAAAGUAAUUUGCCAACCAUUCGAUCUGCACCAUCUUUGUCAGCCGCAGAUGGUUUUUCUAAUUUAUUAAUGUCACAAGAAAAAACACCGGACGAUAAAAAAUAA